ACCCAAGGUGUUCCAUCACUUGUCUGCAGGCCUUUUUCUGUAUCACUCGCUAUGCUUGGGUGAAAGCGGUUACUCUUCCCAGCCAGGCCCAGGACUAACAACUCAAUCUGGCCCCUCGCAUUCUUUUAUUAUCAAAGCUGGCUCACGCUGCGUCCUUCGUUUUAUUUCUUAAGUGCCCCGUGGUUCCCGAGACCGUUAGGCGCCACCACUCCCAAACGCGGCUCGCCCUUGUGCCUGACCCGGAUAAGAUACUGCGACCGCCUCCUUGAUAUCUUUCUCAUCACCUACUCUCGUUUGCCUUUUUCUCUCAGCACUCCAGCCAGGAUGGGCUGGCCGGUGUGCAAUUCAACUCUGGAAGAUGAGACAAUCAUAGAAGACCCUCUCUGGGAGGGAGGCAUGACCUUCCAUCGUAUAGGUCUCUACGUAUGCGGGGGGUUUGCACUGGUUGCGAUCAGUAUAGCUCUUGCCCUUGUUAUGUGCCACGCCACUCAUUACAGCAAGCCGCGAGAACAACGGCAUAUUAUUCGUAUCCUUCUCAUGAUCCCUAUCUACUCGGCCGUCGCUUUCCUUAGCUUCCUUUACUACCGACAGGCUGUUUAUUUCGAGGUCCUUGGCGACUGUUAUGAGGCCUUCACCAUAUCCUCUUUCUUCGCACUACUAUGCCAUUAUAUCGCACCGGACUUGCACAGCCAGAAGGAAUAUUUUCGAGGAAUAAGACCGAAACCAUGGCUGUGGCCUAUGAAUUGGUUACAGAAAGUUUGGGGUGGGGAAAAUGGAAUUUGGAGGACACCGCGAAGUGGCUUGACAUGGUUCAAUAUCAUAUGGACUGGUAUUUUCCAGUAUUGUUUAGUUCGGGUCCUCAUGACUAUCGUCGCCGUUGCGACGCAGACCGUGGGCCUGUACUGUGAGGAAUCAUUGAGCCCUGCAUUUUCCCACAUCUGGGUCCUUGUCCUUGAAUCCAUCUGUGUCUCCAUAGCGAUGUAUUGCUUGGUCCAGUUUUAUGUCCAGAUCAGACAGGAUGUCAAGCAAUACCAGGUGUUUAUGAAAAUCCUGUCGAUAAAGCUCGUUAUCUUUCUCUCCUUCUGGCAGACGACUCUGAUCUCCUUUCUCACAUCUUCUGGUGCCCUUAAACCUACUCGCCUGGUCCAAUCGCAAGAUUUGAAGAUCGGUAUUCCUAAUCUACUUAUUUGUAUUGAGAUGGCCAUCUUCUCCGUGAUGCACCUGUGGGCUUUCAAGUGGCAACCAUACAGGCUGGAUUCACUCAAUGCCAGCGCUGAUCCCGAAUUCUAUGGAGGAAAGGCGCGAUAUAACGGAGGCUUUAUGGGAAUUAAGGCGCUGAUCGAUGCAUUCAAUCCUUGGGAUCUCAUGAAGGCUAUUGGGCGUGGCUUACGCUGGUUGUUUGUUGGCCGCAAGACGAGAAUGUUGGAUCCCAGCUACCAAAAUGAUCCCAGCUCUUUUGGCAUGAAGCCAACGGACGCUUCCGCUCCAGAGACUAGCUUUCCGGGACCGAAUGUUACGGCUUAUAAAGGACCUGGUGUUGGUCGUGCUGGUAGUGGGAGGUCGGACCGCUAUGGUGGUUCUUCUCCGGAUGACGAGGGCGAAGAGCUCCUGCCUAACGCGCAGCCCCAGCCGCAGUCGCAUGUCCCACAUGGCGAGAUAGGAGUUGCCAUGUCAUCCUACGAUGAGGAGCAUCCUCUGCGUACGCACAGCAAUUCUUUGAGCUACUCUGUCACCGAUUCUCCGGUAGAUUCUCGGUCGCAUUCUCCUCUUCCUUUCCAACCAUACCAAGCUUACCAUAGUCCUUAUCACAACCCAUCCACGGCUUCAGAAGAUGGACGACAAGGAAACCAGCGAUUCUACAAUUCAUACCACCCGCAGGCAGGCACUACAAAUGCAUACCAGCACAGCGGAUUAUCGCAUCAGGAGGAAAUUCCUAUGCCCAUGCCAGCACCUUAUCUUCCGCCUCCUCUCGAUGACUAUCAUAAUCAGCCAAGAUGAUAAUGACAUUAAACACUGCGCCGAUCUUGUGGCCUGGCAAAAAUACUCCAGACUGCCUCAACUCCUCGUUCACUAGUGAUCGAGCCGCUUU